AUGGCUGCAGUGCAUGCCCGAUCCAAGCUGAUGGCUCGUGAUCAGUCAUUGAAUAGUCGUUCCUCCUUGACUGACACAGCCUCUUCAUCCUCAAUAGAAAGAAAUGAAGUAGAGCAACCAAUUUCUUCCAUCAGCCUUCCAGUCGGAGCGGAAAUUGGUAUUGGUCUUAUUAUCGGCAUUGUUACUUGCACGUUAGUGCUUACCAUGUUACUACUUUUCAGCUGUAUCAGAAGAAAUCGAAUGCUUCGUCGAACAGCAAAGGAUUCACCAGUACCCUUUGUGAACGAGGAAGAUAAUCCGCGAGCACGUCGUAUAUCUUCGACGCAAGACUUCGAGAUACAUCAGAAGACGCCCGGUGAAGAACGUUCGCAUGCUAUGUCACAACAUCGGUGGACGAGCCCCGAUGACGUUGCACCUAAAUAUGAGUCUCGCGCGCAGCAAGAAAGACCGAGUUUCGCUGAAGUACAAUUGGAAAAUCGCGAAGAAUCUGUUGACAGCCAAAACAGACAGCAUACUAACUCCCCUUCACACAUUUACUCAAACGCAGGCGAAGAAACACCCAGCUACUCGUCCCAUCAUGAUUCCUACGGUUCUUGGACAAACUCCCCAUCAAGCAUAUCUCAAGUCCCCAGUUACGAAUCAUCGAAUUCUUCCCAACAACAACAACAUGCGCGGCUUGUGCAUUCUUCAAACUCAAAUCCAACACUUAUUCAGAGUCAUCAUCCUCAACAAGAAGUGUACAUGCCCCGACAAGAAUCAAUCAAAAUCCAACAACCAGUGCCAUCUUAUAGUCCGUGGCGAAAUCACAGAUUACUGAAUAGAACCUAUUCGACGGAGAGCGUAAUAUUACAACAAACACCCAGCCGAGACAAAUCGCGAUCGCAAAUGGAGACGAAACAAGAAGUUGCGCACGUUGCAAAUAAAAAAGUCAAGGUAAAGAGAGGAAGUGCUGUAGAUGACCAAUCUGCAAACAAUUCAGAGCCUCCCAAGCCUAGGAAACACGUCAAAGCUGCACUUAAAAGAAAGACUAAAGAUAAGAGUCCGCGCCAAAACUCUCCCCUUACAAAAACAUCUAAUCUCCAGAAACCAUCUGUUGAACAUGAUUCCGCCGUCGUAGCAGGGACAAAAUUCAAUCAGAAAGCAAGAGAUCAAGACCAAGAUAGAAAGAGAGAUCAGGCACCUCAUCCACUCCGAUCUCAUCCUUACUCCUCAACAGAAAACAUCGAGAGCUCCAAAUCUCACACCAAGGAAAAACCGCUACCUUCACCACCCACUGAGCAUCCUAUGAUUCCCGAGCUCGAGGGCUCAGAACAGAAGUUCUUAUGA